AUGUAUCAAAAAUCUGAACUUGGGAUUAAUUGUCCUGUACAUGGUGAUUGUGAGAAUGCAAUUUUGGUUUGUUUUAGCAGAUCAUGUAAAAGCUAUAGAAUUUUUUGUGAAUCAUGCAAUAGAAACGAACACCCUAGUAGUUGCCGUCCAGAUCACUAUAAAUUCGAAAAAAUAAUUUCAAAGUUUUAGGAAAUUGAGAAAUAAUGUGAAAGUUUAGAAUAGGAUUUGAAAUUGACAGCUGGAGAAAUAAGGAAACUUUUCGAUUAAAUAAUUUAAAUAAUUACAAAGAAAUAUCAAUACUCGAAAUAGAGAUUGGAAGAAUUAAAUUCAAAAUAAUUACAUUAAGCCUUAGAUAAUGUCAUUAAAUAUGAUGAAUUUGAAAAUAACUAUUUUUAGGAUAUUAAGAAAAUAUCUAAAAAUCUGAUUAAGGAAUUGCAAACCUUACUCACAGAGUUGAAAUUAGAGGAAGAAGUAGGCACAAAAGUAUUAGAUCCUAAAGCAAAAUUAGAAUACUUUUAUCAAAAAGGUUAUGAAUUAUUAAUUUUGGAGGUCAAUCAUUCUAUGAAAAUGAUAAUUAUGAAUAAGCAAUUGAAUAAUUAGACAUGAC